UUAUCUCGUCGUCCUGCGGACUUCAGCUGGGAGAAGCCACCGGGUCCCCGGCUGAUCGUUGCAUAAGCCCAGUUGGCAUCAUGAUCGGCUGGGUCGACCGCAAUGGCGAGCGAUGUUGAAGUUGUCCCAGCGCACUCGCAGGCGAGCUGCCCCAACUGUGGGUGGAGGAUCUCGUGGUCUAGACGCCGAGGGUGGCUGUCUUGUCAUUGGCUUGGAGCGCUCCAGGCGAGGCCAGCCAGGAUGUCCCUUGGACGGGUCGGCAGACAUUGCUCGCCGUGGAUGCAUUCAUCUGCCCAUAUUGUCCCUGCGCAACUCCCCUGGUCCAUGUAUCUGCAGUUCAGCUGCACCGGUAGCAGCAGCCGCAACAAGAGGCAAAUCGCCCCCUUCGCGGCAAAGCUACCCCGAGCACAGUGGUUACUGUUGUUGUGUGCUGACAACCCACGCCCAUGCAUCGGAUGCAGGCCGCCAGCCGCCGGGGCGGCCACUCUGAUGCCGUCGAUCAAUCUCUGCAAGGCAAGCCUGCUGCUGGCCACCGCCGCAGCGCACAAGCUGGUGGACAGUUUUGCUCCCGUGAAGCGCGUCGGAGUGAGAAGAGCGGUGUCGCGGCUGCACAAGCAAGUCUUGCAACUUUGCCCAACACGUUCUGGAUUUAUGCAUCACCCCCCGUAAGCUUAUCCAACUGGACGAACAAAAGACAGUCCGGGCUGCGGGAGCACACUUCUGUUCAUUAACACAUCAUGGCUCAAUGACGGGUGGCGUAAGAUUGGCAGGCAGGGAAUCCCACAAGUGGCGUGGAUGUAGCAUUCUGAAACGAAAAACAAAUUUUUGAGUUGCAGAAUAUUCCACGCCAACCUUCCAAGUGCCUCCCACGCAGCUGGUUCGUCCUGCGUGAUAGUUAGAGCCACAAGUUGCGUCUAUUGAAGCCUGAACUUAGGGACAGAA